UCGAUCUCCAGCUAUAUAUUUUUCACCUGCACCACUAGGUUCUCUUGCGUAGCUCAACUAGCCAGCUAGCUAGCAUCACCGAUCUUAUAGAGAUCCUAGUUUGACUAAUUUGGUAGGUGAUCGGGCAUGGCGAGCGCGACGACGGAGCCGCGGAUCGGCCGCGUUGAUGAUGAUGAGGAGGAGGAGGAGGACCUUGUUGAUAAUUGUGAUGGUGGUGACCACGGCGUCGUGGCUAGGGAAGUGAGGGAGCGGGUGUCCCGCCUGGCCGUCGAGGGAGGUGACGCCGACAGCAAGGUCGGCCGUGACCAGGGCGUCUACAAGAUCGUCGGCGGCGGCGGUGGAAACGUCGUCAGGUCAGCGAAACUGGAGGGUGCGGACGCGGUGCAGGGGCGGCACUCUGCGGGCGGCGGGCGGACGCUGCCGCCGCCGCACGCGUGGCUAGCGAUCGAGGACACGAAGAAGCACUACGACAGCGAACCGGAGGCGGAGCAGUGGAUGCGGCUGCUACGUGGAGGCGGCGGGGCCGGGGCCGGUAGGCAGCAGCGUCGUAGCAGCUUCAGCGUCGUCCGGCGCGAGAGCGCGGCGCGGGAGGCGUGGCUGGACCGCGCGUGGGAGAUGAAGCGGAGCUGGCACGAGCGCAACGGCGGCAUGGCCAUGGACGUGGAGGAGGUGCGGGCGUGCAGGGACCUCGGGCUGGAGCUGCCGUCCGACUGCACCGUGGAGAUACAGUGCUACGGGUUCUCCGGCACCCACAUCGCCAGCAGCGGCGCCGACUCCCCCUGCUCCAUCUCCAGCCCCGGUGCAGAUCCGACGGACGUGAAGGCUCAGCUCAAGGUGUGGGCGCAGGCGGUGGCGCUGGCAUCGACCACCCAUCUCGGAUCUUAGAUGCAUGGAUGGAUGCUUCAUCGACUCUAUCCCAUCCGAUCCAACGUGCGUGCGUGCGUGGCAGCAACAAAGCAAUUAAGCAAGUGAACAAGCUAGCAAUUUUUUUUAACUAGCUAUAUCAUAUAUGCGUUCCCUAGUAAUUAAACAAAAUGUUCACCGCUGCCCUUGUGUUUUCUUUUUCCCCCGUACGAAUGUAUUUGAUACCUUUCCCAUACAUACGUAUCUAAUUAUCUAAUUUACAUGUGUAUGUGUACUUUUUUACUGUAAACCUUGAAUAUAAGAGAUAUGUAAUCAAUUAAUUAAUGUA